CCCCUUCGCUCUGGCUCGGCGCUCGGCCGUGGCGCCUGGGCAAGAUGGCGGCGCCCACUGCGGCGAGCCCGUGAGCGGAGGGCCAUGCUGGCGCUGCGGACGGUGCUGGGCCGCUGCCUGGCGGGGCCGGCCCGCGGCGGGGCCGCUUGCAGUCCCCUUAUUCAGACAGCCAGAUGGUAUGCUAGACCUGUGAAAAAAAGAAUGAAAGACUUCCCCAGCCAUUUGGAUGACCUUCCUCCCACAAUGCUGAAGAAAGGUUAUACCGAUGUCCCAGUAGUAAAUAGUGUGGAUGAUGUAGUGAAAAGGCUGUUGUCACUGGAAAUGGCAAGCCAGAAGGAAAAGAUGAAAAUAAAGACACAGCAGCUGGUGGAGAAGGUCAGGAGGUCUCCCAGCGACAAUGGCUCUUUUGAGGUGCAAGUUGCUGUGUUGACUGCCAAGAUACGCAGUUACGAGGAGCAUCUUCAGAAGCAUCCCAAGGAUAAAAGUAACCGCCGCCGCAUGCUGAUGGAUAUAGAUCGCCGGAAGAAACUCCUGGGCUAUCUUCGGCGUGUCCGCUAUGAUGCCUUUGAGAACACCUGCAAGCAGCUGAACAUCCAGUACAGCCUGCCCGCUGCCUACUCCCGGCGGAUCACCAAGCGCUGGCUGGUGAAGAAGGCUUUCUGUCGCAGGGUUUUUGAGGAGGUGCAGAAGCUGAAAGCACCGGAGAGGCUGAAGCAGAGGCAGGAGUGGCGAGCAAGAGCCAGAGCCAGAGCUGCGCGGGAGAAGGAGGCACGGGAGAAGGAGGCACAGGAGCAGGCACAGGCACAGGCCGAGGGCACGCCGGUGUAGCAGCACAUUGAACCUGGUGCAGUCUCUAACAAUAAAUAACUACUGAAAGA